UUUACAGAACACGCGCCAAUUGUGGCGCGUUGGAGCGAUGGAUAAUCUAUCGAACCCGAUAGUAUAAAUUAGAUUACAAAUGAUGAGUGUUGCCACCAUCAUCAUCAUCAAAGAGAACUUGGGGGAUGGGGAGUGUUUGGUUGAUGACAAUUGCCAUACUCUUAUCCUUCGGAAUCAUCGCUCACUCUUUCGACGGCGGCAGCGCACCCCCCAAACAACAACCAACUCUCUGUGAUGAACUCAUUCUUCCAGCCGGUUACCCUUGCUCCGAAUUUGUGAUUGAAACAAAGGAUGGUUUCUUGUUAGGUCUUCAGCGCGUGUCUUCUUCUUCUUCUUCUGCGCGUAUUCGUUAUUCUGCUCAACAACAACAACGAGGUCCUCCAGUUCUGCUUCUCCAUGGCCUCUUCAUGGCAGGUGAUGCAUGGUUUCUAAAUACACCAGAACAGUCAUUGGGCUUCAUCCUUGCCGAUCAAGGUUUUGAUGUUUGGGUAGGAAAUGUGCGUGGAACACGUUGGAGCCAUGGGCAUAAAUCUUUAUCAGAGAAGAAUAAGCAUUUUUGGGAUUGGAGCUGGCAAGAAUUAGCCCUGUAUGAUCUUGCGGAAAUGAUCAAUUAUAUUAAUUCAGUGACAAACUCAAAGUUAUUUGUAGUUGGGCAUUCACAGGGGACAAUUAUAUCUUUUGCUGCCUUCACUCAACCGGAUAUAGUAAAAAAGGUUGAAGCUGCAGCUCUUCUGUCUCCAAUUUCAUACUUGGAUCAUAUUAGUGCACCUUUGGUACUAAGAAUGGAAAAGAUGCACAUUGAUCAGAUGAUUUCUACAAUGGGUGUUCAUCAGCUGAAUUUCAAAAGCGAUUGGGAAACCAAUCUCUUGAUUUCCUUAUGUGAUACUCGUCUAAGUUGCAGUGACAUGCUGUCAUCCAUUACAGGAAAGAAUUGUUGCUUCAACGAGUCACGCGUGGCUUAUUAUCUUGAACAAGAACCUCACCCAUCAUCCUCCAAAAACUUGAACCACCUUUUCCAGAUGAUCCGCAAAGGCACCUUCUCCAAGUACGAUUAUGGAAAGCUUAAAAAUCUGAUAGAGUAUGGCAAUUUCAAACCACCAAAAUUUGACCUUAGCCGCAUACCCAGAUCAUUGCCUUUGUUGAUGGCUUAUGGGGGAAACGAUGCUUUAGCAGAUGUAACUGAUUUCCAGCACACACUCAAGGAACUGCCAUCCACACCUGAGGUGGUUUAUCUUGAAAACUAUGGUCACAUUGACUUCAUUUUAAGCUUGCAAGCAAAACAAGAUCUUUAUGACCCUAUCAUCAGUUUCUUCAAGUCAAUGGGGAAAUUUAGUAGUAUUUAAAACUUGCUUCCUUCCAUUACGAUGAAUGUAAUAUAACUAUUUAUAGAUUCAUUAAACAUACAGUGGAGUCCGUCCACUUUGAUCUUGUGUCUGUAAAUAUGAUGAUGAUAAAUCCCACAGAAGUAUUUACUGUCUUAGUUUGCUACUAAUUGAUUGGUUGAAGUUAAAACCAUUGUUUGGAAAAAUAGAUUCCAAACCAUUGAAUGAUAGAGGAAAAAGGUUAAAAAUUCUCAGUGAAGAUGUAGAAAGGAUGGAGUGCACCACUGAUAUGAAGGUUAUUACUUCUGUACCUUUAUAUACUAUUUUCUUUGCCAUUACCAUACUGUUAGCAUAUAUCAUUAAUUAUUGAGGCAUUUCUGUUA